GCUGUUGUUGUCAGUGAACCUUGCCACCAAGCUCUGCGUUCAACCUCCUACUGGGGGCGUCGGUCUUACAAGUUACAUCCCUCUCAAAGCUAUGACACCGUUUGUGAAAGUCUCACGUCCUAAAAAGAGUGUCUUUAAUGAUUUUUUUUCCAGAUUUAAAGGGGUAUUUGGACUAGGAUUAUUGGAAACAGAAACGAAUGAUCACUGUAUGACAAAGACAUGCAGAGACACGACCGAUUCUGAAGUUUCGGUCACUACUAAAUCCUUGGCACAAUUGCCACACCAAAGGGCAUCCAUGGGGCCCCUCUCAGCGACAGCCCUACACUUUCACUACUCCCCUUCUCAAAAUCCCAAUCCAUCCAACACAAAAAGGGGCCCAUCCAAGCAUAUCCUUACAAGUCAAUCCAUAUCCUAAUCAGUUGCCACAUCCACAUCAUCACCUGAACAGACCUGUCCAGACCCCAAAACCCAAAAGACUGGUUUGGUUGGUGAGUUUUGUCCAGACACCCAACCUCCUCUUGACAACCAUGCAUGCCAAAGACCAAGGAACAAGCCCAAGCAAAGCAAGCUGUGUCAGUUUUCAGGUUCAUAGAAUAGUUUGCCAAUCCUCUUGCUUCACUCCUCAGCUUCCUUCCUCCCUCCUUCCCCCCUUUGAAAUAAUCUUCCCUACUCCUUCAAGAAACCUACCACCCAUUUGCAAACAUUGAUCGAAUUGCCCUUGAAUUUCAAUUCCACACACACCAUGUUUAGCACACAAACACUUUCACACGAACAAGUGGGUAUGGAUUAAGCUUGCAAGCACUGCUUGGCUAGUUUGUUUGGUUUUAGUUCCUCGCAUCCAUGCAUGGGCAGUUGAGCAUGAGGAUGAGGUGCCUCAGGCCGGGGAGUCGCCGGCGAUGCCCGCUUCUUGGCGGCGACCUGGCCGCCUUCUGCGCCUCGCUCGUCGAGGGGCUGGCGCACCUGGAGAGCACGCUGGAGGUUGAUCUUGAUCAUGGCCGCGGCGGCGGCAGCGUGGGGUCGGGGUCGGUGUCCAUGCGGUGGUGCGCCGACGCCAUGCGGCUGGUGAAGCGGAUGCAGCGCGAGAUGCUGGCCAUCUUCCGGAAGGCCGACGUGCCGGCGGCCGCCGCCGUCUCCUCCCGCGGUGGAGGUGCUGCGGGCGCCGGCGACUGGUUCGAGCACUACAUGCAGGAGACCGCGGCGCUGCUCGACUUCUGCAACGCGUUCAAGGCAGCCGUGUCGCGGAUGCACCGCUACUGCAUGGUCGUCGACUUCGCCGCGCAGGUCGGCGGCGCCGCCGGGGACGAUGACGGCGCGGGCGCGGCUGCUGCCUCGCUCGUUGUAGAGAGCGCCGCGGAGCCGACCGGCAGCCGGCAGGCGUCAUCGGCAGCCGCCGCCGUCCGCGACAAGAUCGCGGAGGUGAAGGCGGCGGUGACCGAGGCGGAGCGGCUGGGGAGGACGAUCAUCUCCGGUGGUGCCGGCGGGGACGGCGGCGGCAUGGUAGUCGUCACGCUCGUCGCCAAGAUCACGACGUCCGUCCUGGCCAUGUUCGUGCUCCAGGCGCUGGUCUCCCCGGCCCCGCUCGACGACGGCGCCGUCCGGCCCACUCUAGCCUCCGCCGUCGACGUCCCGGAGCUGGAGCCGUGGUGCGAAUCGCUGUCGCUGAUCCACGCCCGGUUCCCGAGCCGGGCGACGGUCGCCGAGCACGAGAAGGUCGCCACGGUGGUCAGGGACCUCAUCAGUGGCAAGCCCGGCGGUGGAGGCCAUGGCGGCCAGCAAGAAGAGGUGGCGAGGGGGCACGUGGAGCUGCUGAGAGCACGGUCAGGUGAGCUCAGGGAAGGGGUGGAGAUGUUCGCCUGCGUUCUGGACGAAGUGUUUGAUGAGGUGAUCAGGGGCAGGAAUGAGAUGCUGGGGAUCCUCAGAGACAAGACUCUAACCUAACAAUAAUGAGGUGAGUUUUAGAUUAGCCUCUGGAUCAACUGAUGGAUUAACCUUGUCCAGCUGGAAGAUCUUCCAAAUAAUGUUGCUGGGUUCAUGCUGAUUUCUGUCUGAUCAGUUGGGUUUCUGUUUUGCAAAGAGUGUUGAGUGUCGACAUGUGUAAUUGUGUAUUUAGAUGUGCAGAUGAUUUUUAUGUUCAUCUCCCUAUGGUUUGCAACUUGUAUUAUUGACAGUGUUUAACAAGAGAAAAUUCUUUGUUUGUACCCGCUGAAUA